CAAAGAGAUUCAAAUGACCUGUUUCACUGCUUCUCCACAGACUGCAGCCCUCCAGUUGUCAGUGACCUGAGAAUUGUUCUUCUGGGCAAAACUGGAUCAGGAAAAAGUGCAACAGGGAACACCAUCCUGGGAUGGAAGGCUUUUGAAGCAAGCAUUUCUCCAUCAUCUGUGACAAAGGCAAGUAAAAAAGAAACAGGCCACUUUGAUGAAAGAACAGUGACCAUUGUGGACACCCCUGGUAUCUUCGACACAUCAAUGAAGGAAGACCAGUUGAAAAAAGAAAUAGACAAGUGUGUCAUGUUGUCUGUCCCGGGACCCCAUAUAUUCCUGCUUGUGAUCAGACUGGACGCACGCUUCACAGAAGAGGAGAAGAACUCUGUCAAAUGGAUCGGGGACAACUUUGGUAAAGAAGCCUCCGGGUUUACAGUAGUGCUUUUCACUAGGGGUGAUGAGCUGAAGGAAAUGUCCAUUAAGGACUAUUUAGACAAAAGUCCUGACCUCAAGGAGCUCAUCAAUACCUGUAGAGAUUACAUGGUGUUUGACAACACAUGCAAGAAAAAUCGCACUCAGGUGGCUGAUCUCUUUGAAAAGAUAGACAAAAUAGUGGAUUUAAACCAGAGUCAUUACACCAGCAGCAUAUAUGAAGAGGCUCAGAGAAAGAUAAAUAAUGAUGAAUGGUGGAGCAAAUGGGGACACA